UUAUAAUAAAUAUUUUAUUUAAAAAUUCCCUCUCACGACUAUUUUCCCAUAUGCGCAUAUACUUCGUUCUUCUUGCAAAAUAUUUUUUGGAAACAACGUCUUUACAUAUAUGAUUCUACGAUUAAGGAUCAACAGUUUGAAAAAUAUUUAACAAAAUUUGCCAAACCCACGAAUUAGUAAAUAUAUAUAUAUAUCAAUCAUGACAAUUUUAGCUGAAUAUCAAACAAAUUCUUUUCAAUUUCUAUCUGUAUGUCACUACAUUACUGCAUUCGGUAUAUUUUUCUACAAUAAAGAAUUAAUUACCCUGGAGGAACAAAAUCAAACAGUUGCAAUACUAAAUAUUCUAUUUGAAUAUCUAAAAAAUUCAACAAAUGAAUCCGAAACGAAAUUACAACUUCUUCGUAAAAUACUAAAAGGAAGUGAUCUCUAUGGUGGUAGAAUAAAUGAAACACUCGACAUGAAAUAUGUAAAUGAAACAUAUCAAUAUAUCAUUAGUAAAUCUCUAUUUUCUCAUUAUGGAAACAUUAAUGGAUAUUUGGCAGGAAUUAUAAAUAAUGAAGAAAAUUUAACAUAUUCAGUUCUUAAAGAAAAUGUAUUUCAACAUCUUUUGAAAAAUUAUACAACUAGAAAUUAUUGUUCGCCGGAAAAUAGUAGCGUUAAUCUUACUUUAUUGACAAUUGAAAAAAUUUUUGCUAAUCAUAUUUGGCUUAUGUUUCCCGAACCAGAAAAAGAUAUGAAUAUAAUAGACGUGGAUUAUAUAUACGCAAUGGUUGGUUUAAAAAUUGUGAGAUCAAUAUCUAAUAUUGAUAGUUUUUCGUUUGAUAAUUAUAUUCUAAUUGCACGUGAAAUUAAUUUCAAUGCAAUUGAAAAUGAAACAGAAAUGAUUAAUCAAUUAUUUUUAGCACCUGCAUUAUUUUUCUAUGCCUAUAGUGAAAAGGAGAAAUUUCGCCAGGGAAAUAUAACUAGUAAUUAUUUUUUAAAAGAAGUUUAUGAAAAAUUUUUCUCGUAUCUCAAAUUGACGGUGAAUGAAAUUAUAAAUGAGAAAUUAGAAAAUAGUCUUCAUCAUCAAUUGCAAAAACAGUUGGAUUAUUUAAAAAGUCGUACACAAAUUGCCCUUGAAUUAAUAUUAAAACAUUGUUAUAUUUGGAAAUUUGAUAAUUAUUUACCAAUAUAUGUGUUUUAUUAUAAAACAUUUUAUCAUUGGAUUGUAAAUUUAAUACUUGGGGAAAAAUGUAGAACUGAACUUCCGGAUUUGGAUGAAAAGUAUAGAGAACAAUUUGCAAAUAUUACGGAAACAUACAAUGAAAUUGAGAAAAGAUCAAUUGAAAAUGUUUUAAUUAAUGGUGAUUUAAUAAAUAUAAUGAAUUCACCAAAUGUUGUUGUUAAAUUAGCACGUCCUGGUGAUUAUCAACAGGGUUGUAAUUGGUGUUCACCUAAAUUCCAAACACCGGUUAAUAAUACAUAUUUAAUAUUUGCUAUUAUUCAAAAUAGUAAAACGGAUUUUUAUGCCAUUAAACAAGAAAAUGGUUCAUUGUUAUUGUUGAAAAAGAAUGUAAAUGAAAAGAUAUUUUAUAAAGAAUUAGGUAUUAAUAGAGCAUUAAAUAUGGAAACUGUACAAUUUUUCGGAUUUCUAAAACAUGAUAAUGAAAAUGCAAAUGUUUUUAUUCAAAAUGUUGCUGACAAAAAAACAAAGGGAUUUGUAAAAGAGCUUUACAAUUACUAUAAUGAACCAACAUUUGUUGAGAAUGUGUUUAAUAUUAUAACAGCGUUUAUACCAUUUUACAAUUGUGCUCAAUAUAUACGUAAUAGUGAAACUGGAGCUGCUGUUUGGAGUUGUUCUCUAGAUGUUAUUAGUUUUGUACCCGUAGUUGGUUUAGUAGGCAAAUAUUCCGGUAUAUUUAGAACAAAUUUAAUUGCCGAUAUAACUGAAUCAAAUUUAAUAUCUAAUUCCAUAAGUGUUACUACCGCUAGCAGUAUGUCGAAUGCAAUUGGUAUUAUUUCAAGAUCAGUAAUUAGAACAGUAAUCGAUGAAAUUAUAUCAAUUAGAUUUGUUAAAGACUUAACAAUUUCUAUAAUUCGUUCAUUGGAUCCUGGAUUUGAGAUUACUUACAAAUUAAUGAAAAGUAAUUUACAAUUUUUGAGGAGAAUUUUUCAAAAACUACAUUCCGGUGUUGAAUCAUUAAAUUUUCGUACAUCAAUUGAAUCAAUAUUAAAUAUCUUACGACGAAAUACAAAUACAGUUGCUGAUCAAAAUGGAUUGGUACCACAUAUUUUGCAACAUCAUAAUAUUUUCGAUGUCGUACAAUAUUUUUAUCCAUUAGGGAGAAAUUUCUAUGGACCCAGAUGUGUGAGAUCUUUAGUUGGCACAAUUGCAGAAUUAAGAAGUAUUGAAAAUAAUCCAAAUGAAAUUCCUGUGAUACCAGUAGAAGCAAAUGGCGUCACUAUUUAUAGAAAGUAUAGUCCACAAACUGGUGAAUUAUUAUCCGAUAAAUUUAAAAUAGAAAACAAUGAUAUACUACAAAAAAUUGAUGAUCUAAAUCUAGAAAUAACAAAAUCUGUUGAUUCCGAAACAUAUUUUAAUAUUGAUACGAAAGCCACUGAAAAAAUCAUUAAAGAAUUAGCACAGCCCAUUUUAAAAUCUGAUUAUUUAUUAAAAAUUGAUAAUUAUGAUGAAUAUGUUGAAUUAUUGACAAAAUUUAAAGACGAAGGAUUAACGGCAAUAAAACAAGAUAAACUAUUGAGAAAAUUACAACUUAUGACGGAUGACAUUGGUCUUAUACAAAUUGAUGAAGUUCCAUUAAAAUCACCAAUUGAAUUAUGGUACGUCGAAACAAUAAGUAGACGUAAUAUUAUUGAUUCUUUAAAAAAAUUAAAUGGACAGGAAUUUCAUUUCAAUGAAUUAAAAUUAGUGACAAGUGAUUCUAUUGCCGCUGCACUUAAACAAAAACCAAGACCAUCUACAUUUGAUACAGUUGUUUAUUAUAAAUUAAAAAUUGAUCAACAAUAUGGUUUAAUAGAUUUAAAUAAUUUUCAUGAUAAUUUUCAUAAUCAAUAUAUUUUACAUCCGGCUGUAAUUUUCACCAUAAUAAAUAUUAAUUCUCCGUUAAAUAAAAAGACAUUAAUUUUAGAAAUGAAGAAAAAUCCUUUAACUAAAGAAAAAUGGAUGAAAAUAAGAAAUGAAGAAUUAAAAUCACUAAUGAAUAUUAAAACAAAAUCAAAACGAAUUGAGAGUAUUGAAAAAGCAGCCGAUUUUCUAUCAUCAAAUGUACCACAAUAUACAUUUAGUAAAUCAAAGGAAUUAUUUCAAAAUUAUAUUUUAAAAUUACAACCAAGUGGAAGUUCAGUUCCUACUUAUGAUAAGAUGGCAAAAGAUAUUUUUGAAAAAUUAGAAAUACCAAAGGAUUAUCAAAAAUAUGAAAUAAAACAUAACAUUUUCAUUGAUGAUGUGUUAUUUAAAAAAAGCAUUACAAAAAUUUAUAACUUACAUUCAGCGGAAAAAAAUAUUGAUAAUAUAUUUAGUGGAAUUUUUAAACAGAAGGUGAAACCUGUUUAUGAAAUUUAUUCUAAUUCACCAUUAAUUCAAGAGAUAAUGCGAUUUGAAGAUUAUUAUAUAUUGUAUUCACAUUUUAAAAAAUCAUUAAUAAUCGAUAAGAAUUCAAUUAAACGUGUUUUAGUUUCAAUUUAUAGAUUAACACUGAGACAAUGUGGCGAUGAAUGGAUUAAUAAUCCAAUUACACUUUAUCGUAUUACAAGAUAUACGUCAGAAAAUUAUAAUGAACAGAUAUCAUUCAAAAAAAAGGAAAUCAUAAAAUAUCCAAUAUUAAGGGAAUUCUCAGCGGUACGUGAAUUUGAAAUAGAAAAAAUUAGAUGUAUUUCAAAUAAUUCACCAAUAAUAAAUACAAUAUUAUAUCAAAUAACAGUAAAAAAUCAAGCUGGCAUUGCAAAUAUUAAUCAUAUAAUUGAUACUAAAAAUGGUAAACAUAUUGUAUCUCCCAUAAUAAGAUUUGUAAUUGAUGAUGUUGGUUAUGAGAUUAUUGAGGGGAAAAAAAUAUGGGUUAUUAAAAUGCACGACGAGGAAAUUACUAAAGAAGAAAGAAUGAUUAAAAUUGUUAAUGAACUUGAUAAAUUAUUGUCAGAAAAAAUUACAUUUUAUGUCAAUGAUAUUUAAUGUCGGACUUUUUUUUCGAAAUUCAACAAUUGUUUACAAUUUAAAAAAAAAAUCAAAUAAAAUCACCAAAAAAAAUUUUAUCGAAAAAAAUUCAAUUCAAAAUAAGUUACAUU